UCUGGACAGCUUCUUCUCUGACGACGACUCCCUCAAACAACAGAAGAAGAAGAAACCUAAAAAGAUGAAGGAGGGCAAGAUGCCCAAAGUCAAGAAGAGGAAAAAGGAGGGAGGAGGAGGUGGUGGAAUAGGAGUUGGUGGCAAUGACCUGGAGGAGCAGGCCUCAGAGCGGGAGGAUGGCCAUCCACUGCAACGUCCAGAGAUUGGCUCCGAGAGCGAGAGCAGCACCUACGCCCCCACCACAAAGAAGAAGAAGAAGAAACCCAAGGAGAAGAAAGAGAAGAAACCCAAACGGAAGAAGAGAGAAGAGGAGGAGGAGGACGAUGACGAUGAUGAUGAUGACGACGAUGAUGAUGAUGAUGAUAAUAAUAAGGAGCCCAAGUCAUCCAGCCAGCUGAUGCAGGAGUGGGGUCUGGAAGAUGUGCAGUAUGGCUUCACAGAGGAGGACUAUACAACCCUCACCAACUACAAGGCUUUCAGCCAGUUCCUCAGGUACUCAACAUGUAGGGUCAUAAUUUAUUGCUUGUCUUACAACAGUGUUCUUUCCCUGACUUUUCUCAGGCCACUUAUUGCCAAGAAGAACCCUAAGAUCCCCAUGUCAAAGAUGAUGACAGUGUUAGGGUCCAAGUGGCGCGAGUUCAGCGCCAACAAUCCCUUCAAAGGCACCUCCGCAACCGCUGUGGCUGCCGCGGUGGCUGCUGCUGUGGAAAUGGUCACUGUGGCCUCGCCCAUCUCUGUCAAAGAGGUCACUACCCUACCAAGCUCUCAGCCUGGGCCAAUCAGAAAAGCCAAAACCAAAGAUGGAAAGGGGCCUGGGGUAAGACGGAAAACAAAGACUGUAAAGGAGGUGAAGAAGAAAAGUAAAGGGAAGAAGACCAAAUCAAAGAAGAAAGCAUCCUCGAGUGAGGAGGACUUUGGGCUGGAGGAGUCAGACUUUGAUGAUGUCAGCAUCCACAGUGCCUCGGUGCGCUCUGAUACCUCGGGGAAUGCCAAGAAGAAAGCCCGGAAGGGUCGGAAAAAAAGGAAAAGAGAGGAUGGGGACGGCUAUGAGACAGACCACCAGGACUACUGUGAGGUGUGCCAGCAGGGAGGGGAGAUCAUCCUGUGUGACACCUGUCCCAAAGCUUACCACCUGGUGUGUCUGGACCCCGAGCUGGAGAAGGCCCCCGAGGGCAAGUGGAGCUGCCCCCACUGUGAGAAGGAGGGCAUCCAGUGGGAGGCCAAAGAUGAUGAUGAUGAUGAGGAGGUUGCGGUUGAGGAAGAGGAUGACCACCUGGAGUUCUGCAGAGUGUGUAAAGAUGGAGGGGAGCUGCUGUGCUGUGACACCUGCCCCUCCUCCUACCAUAUCCACUGCCUCAACCCUCCCCUGCCUGAGAUACCCAAUGGGGAGUGGCUGUGCCCACGCUGCAUGUGCCCACCUCUGAAGGGGAAGGUACAGAGGAUUCUCCACUGGACUUGGGGGGAUCCCCCCUUACCCAUGGAGGUGCCCCCUGGCCCUGAUGGAGAGAUGGUGGACCCGCUGGUCAAGCCCCCCCUGAAGGGCCACCCGGAGAGGGAACUGUUUGUCAAGUGGGCUGGUCUCUCCUACUGGCACUGCUCCUGGGUCAGCGAACUACAGUUAGAGCUGUACCACGCGGUGAUGUACCGUAACUACCAGCGGAAGAACGACAUGGACGAGCCCCCUCCAUACGACUACGGCUCUGGGGAGGAGGAGCUGAACAACGAGAAGAGGAAGAGUAAAGACCCGCAGUACGCUGCCAUGGAGGAGAGAUUCUACCGCUACGGCAUCAAGCCAGAGUGGAUGGUCAUCCACAGGAUCCUCAACCACAGUUAUGAUAAGGAUGGAGAUGUGCACUACAUGAUCAAGUGGAGAGACCUGCCCUAUGACCAGUGCACCUGGGAGGUGGAUGACUUUGACGUCCCUGAGUAUAACCACAGCAAACACUCCUACUGGGACCACAGGGAGCAGAUGAUUGGUGAUGACCAGCGCCCCUUAGUGGUGAGAAAGGGAAAGAAGGGUAAAGAGGAGGAGAAGAAGAGGGAGAGAGAAAUCCCCCCUGAUGCCCCAAUUAUAGAUCCUACCAUCAAGUUUGAACAUCAACCCUGGUACAUCAAUGCCACUGGGGGCACCCUGCAUCCGUACCAGCUGGAGGGUCUGAACUGGUUACGGUUCUCCUGGGCACAGGGCACAGACACUAUCCUGGCAGACGAGAUGGGCCUGGGCAAGACUGUCCAGACCAUCGUGUUCCUCUACUCACUCUACAAGGAGGGUCACUCCAAAGGGCCAUACCUGGUCAGUGCUCCCCUGUCCACCAUCAUCAACUGGGAGAGGGAGUUUGAGAUGUGGGCCCCAGACUUCUACGUGGUCACUUACACUGGGGACAAAGAUAGCCGAGCGGUCAUCAGGGAGAACGAGUUCACUUUUGAGGACAGUACAGUCAAGACAGGCCGCAAGGUCUUCCGUAUGAAGAAAGACAGUGCCAUCAAGUUCCAUGUGUUGUUGACAUCAUAUGAGCUGAUUACCAUUGAUCAGACCAUUCUGGGCUCCAUUAACUGGGCCUGUCUAGUGGUGGACGAGGCCCACAGACUGAAGAACAACCAGUCAAAGUUUUUCAGAAUCCUCAACGGUUAUAAGAUCUACUAUAAGCUGCUACUGACUGGCACUCCUCUGCAGAACAACCUGGAGGAGCUGUUUCACCUGCUCAACUUCCUCACCCCAGAGAGAUUUAAUAACCUGGAGGGCUUUCUGGAGGAGUUUGCAGACAUCUCCAAGGAGGACCAGAUCAAGAAGCUGCAUGACCUGCUGGGCCCACACAUGCUCAGGAGACUGAAGGCUGAUGUCUUCAAGAACAUGCCUUCCAAGACAGAGCUCAUUGUACGAGUGGAGCUCAGCCCCAUGCAGAAGAAGUACUACAAGUUUAUCCUGACGCGGAACUUUGAGGCGCUCAACUCCAAAGGCGGGAGCAACCAGGUGUCCCUUCUCAACAUCAUGAUGGACCUGAAGAAGUGUUGCAACCACCCCUACCUGUUCCCAGUGGCAGCCAUGGAGGCGCCAGUGUUACCCAAUGGCUCUUAUGAUGGGAACCAGCUGGUCAAGUCCUCAGGCAAACUCACCCUGCUCCAGAAGAUGCUGAAGAAACUCAAAGAUGAAGGACACAGAGUUCUCAUCUUCUCCCAGAUGACUAAGAUGCUGGAUCUGCUUGAGGACUUUCUGGAAUACGAGGGCUACAAAUAUGAACGCAUCGAUGGAAGCAUCACAGGGGGGCUACGACAGGAGGCUAUCGACCGCUUCAAUGCACCGGGCGCACAGCAGUUCUGCUUCCUGCUCUCCACCCGAGCGGGAGGCCUGGGCAUCAACCUAGCCACGGCAGACACUGUCAUCAUCUACGACUCAGACUGGAACCCUCACAAUGAUAUCCAGGCAUUCAGCAGGGCCCACCGUAUAGGUCAGAACAAGAAGGUGAUGAUCUAUCGCUUCGUGACACGGGCCAGCGUGGAGGAGCGCAUCACCCAGGUGGCCAAGAGGAAGAUGAUGUUGACCCACCUUGUGGUGAGGCCCGGCCUGGGCUCCAAGACCGGCUCCAUGUCCAAACAGGAGCUGGACGACAUCCUCAAAUUUGGCACUGAGGAGCUCUUCAAGGAUGAGAUGGAGGCGGCUGCUCGGGCCAUGGGUUCCCACCAGAAACUGUUCUGUGUUCCUCUGACACAGUAUAUUGUGAAUCUUGUGUUUACUCCAGGGGACAUAAAGGAUGGAGAUGAGGGCAGUGUCAUUCACUAUGAUGACAAUGCCAUCUCCAAGCUGCUGGACCGUAGCCAGAAUGCUACGGAGGACACUGAGAUCCAGAACAUGAACGAAUACCUCAGCUCCUUCAAGGUGGCCCAGUAUGUUGUCAAAGACGAGGACGUUGAGGUAAGGACACACACACUCAGACACACACUCAGUCAGCAUUGAAGGUGUCUAUGUCUAGGAGUGGCUCUGUUAUGUAUUCUCACAGAGGAGCCCCAGCGGGAGAUCAUUAAGCAGGAGGAGAAUGUGGAUCCAGACUACUGGGAGAAGCUGCUGAGGCACCACUAUGAGCAGCAGCAGGAGGACCUGGCCCGCAACCUGGGCAAAGGCAAACGCAUCCGCAAGCAGGUCAACUACAACGACACGUCUCAGGAGGACCAAGAGUGGCAGGAUGAUCUUUCAGACAAUCAUUCCGAGUACUCCGUGGGGUCCGAGGACGAGGACGAAGAUUUCGAGGAGAGGCCGGAAGGUGGGCGCAGGCACUCUCGCAGACAGCUGAAGAGUGACAGGGACAAACCUCUGCCACCCCUGCUGGCACGCGUAGGGGGCAACAUCGAGGUGCUGGGGUUCAACACCCGUCAGCGGAAGGCCUUCCUCAAUGCUAUCAUGCGCUGGGGCAUGCCUCCUCAGGACGCCUUCAACUCUCACUGGCUGGUCAGAGACCUGAGAGGGAAGAGUGAGAAAGAGUUCAGGGCCUAUGUGUCCCUGUUCAUGAGACAUCUUUGUGAGCCGGGGGCAGACGGGGCGGAGACCUUUGCAGACGGUGUCCCACGAGAGGGGCUGUCUCGCCAACAUGUCCUCACCAGGAUCGGAGUUAUGUCUCUGGUCAGGAAAAAGGUCCAGGAGUUUGAGCAUGUCAAUGGAAAGUACAGCACUCCAGACCUGAUCCCACUUGGACUAGAGUUGAAGAAACUGACUGAGAGUCUGUCCUCUGACCCCAACACCCCUGUCCCUGCCAGCCCUGCAGCCACACCCCAGCCUCCUGGCACUCCUGUCCCACCAGAGAAGAUGGACUCAAUCUCAGGGCCUACUGAAGACAAGGAGACCACAGAAUUAGAGUACAAGAAGCUACCAGAACUGGAGGUCAGAUCAUCUUCCCAGGUAGAGAAGACAGACAAGGCUGCUGACAGUGAUGAGACAGUGAAGGGCAGUACAGAGGACAAACCAGUCUCCUCAGAGGAGAGUAGUGAAAGGACAGACACACCCUCCACACUUCCAGAGCCAUCCACCAAUCCUAAAGAUCCUCCAUCCAAACAGACAGAGCUGUCGUCCAAUCAAAGCUCACCAAAAGCGGAGCCUUGUAGAGAGACAGAGAAGUCUUUAGAUAAAGGAGACAGUGAUCCUGCCCCAGCCAAACCUGAGGAGAAGGAACUGAAGCCAGUUUUUUCAGACGAGCCCAAGAGUGAGGACAUGCCAGUGCCCGAGGGUCGGCUGAAUGGUGAGAAAGAAGCACAGGAGGAGACAGAGGACAUCAGGAGGGAGGUGGAGAAGAACGGCUUCAAAAUGAGGUUCAUGUUCAACAUCGCUGACGGAGGCUUCACAGAGCUACACACCCUGUGGCAGAACGAGGAGCGGGCCGCUGUGUCAUCUGGGAAGAUGUAUGACAUUUGGCACCGUCGCCACGACUACUGGUUGCUGGCUGGCAUCGUAACGUAUCCUUCCUCUGCAUCUUACAGAGCUCUGUUGGAGCAGGCUCUGGUGAUAGAGGAGCAGUUAAGAAGGGCAGCGUACCUGAAUAUGACCCAGGACCCCAACCACCCGGCUAUGGCCCUGAAUACCCGCUUUGCUGAGGUGGAGUGUCUGGCUGAGUCCCACCAGCACCUGUCCAAGGAGUCUCUGGCCGGGAACAAGCCAGCCAACGCUGUGCUGCACAAAGUACUGAACCAGCUGGAGGAGCUGCUGAGUGAUAUGAAGGCAGAUGUGACGCGGCUUCCCAACAUGUUGUCCCGGAUCCCCCCGGUGUCUGCUCGUCUGCAGAUGUCUGAGAGGAGCAUCCUCAGCCGCCUCACCAGCCGCGGCAACGAACCUCCGCCCCAACAGCCGUUCGGCCAGAGCUCAUUUGCCUAUUCCCAGAUGUACAGCACUGGUUUUGGGGGCAGCUUCCGGGGGCCUGCGGGAGGAGCCAUGGUCAACUACAGCCAGAUGCCCCUGGGACCAUACGUCAGUGUGUCCAACGGCCCCCCACCCCCGUCCAGCCACCUGGACAAGAAGUCCUGCGACCCUCUGAGGGACGUCACCACCCCUGACCUCAAGUCAGGCAAGCCCAGUGAUGUCAUCUGUAUUGAAGAUUAG